GCCAACUAAUACCUAAUCUGUGGCUCAUAGUUUUUAUGGGUUUACCGGUGCACCAUUUCACGAUUUUGUGAAACUUUAAUUAAUAAUUUUUAAUAGUAAUUAUCUACGUAGAAUGCUGAUUGUUAUUAUUCUUGAUAUUAUUUUUACUUUAAACAUAUUCAAGAUUUGAAACUGUAUUUAAAUAUACAACAGAUGCCAUGGAAUCCGCUGACCAAAAUAUGGCGGCAAUACAACCACCUAACAUCCAAGAUCAAAGUACAAAUAAUAUCCAUUUUGAUCCAUUUAACUUGGUUAAUUAUGGCAGUGAACUGGAAGAUACAGAUGUAGAAAACAGUGAUGCAGAUGAUGAGAACGAUCACACUCAUUGGCCGAGAUUAGUCAGACCAGUUUACACAUGCAGCGACGACGAAGAGGACUAUGAGGAAGAGAUGGAGCAAAUGUUUGAGGAUACAGGCAGCGAAGAGGAUACAAGCAGUGGAUCCGAGGUAGAUGAAGAUCGACUCUCCAAAUAUAUUUACCGAGAACCAUACAGCGAUAGUGAUGAGAGCUUGGAUGAAAAUGAUGAAAACUCAUCCCACACUGAAACACUUUCAGGUUCAAAUACAACACAAAAGGAUCAGUUUGAUUGGAAACCACUCAAAAUUUCUCAAAAUGUUAACACAUCUCGUCCCAAAAAUUCUGAAGACCACGAUGGCAAACCUGAAGAAGAAAAUUCUCAAAAUUGUAAUAGUGCAUCCAGUGGAAAAGAUAAAAAUGAUAAAGACAUAGUUAACACGUCAUGUGGUCCCAAAAAUACUGAAAACCAUGGUGGAAAACCUGAUAUCAAAAAAGAUUCUCAAAAUUUUAAUGAUGCAUUCAGUGGAGUAGUUCAAAAUGUAAAAGACAAAUCUGGUCCCGAAAAUUCAGAGGACUACGAUGUCAAACCUGGUUUCAAAGAAGGAAAUUCUCAAAAUUUUAAUGAAAAAUCCAGUGGAAAAGAUCGAAAUGAAAAAGAUUUAUCUGAUUCCAGUAGUAAAGCUUCACAAAGUCCUGAAAAUGAAAGUGAUUUAGAAGUGUCCUCUGAGAAUUUUCAAAACAGAAGAGAAAAGUUUGAUAAUAAUAAUGUUGGACCUACAAAAGCAUAUGCAAAUCCAUAUGAAGCUUUCACAGCUAUAUGGGAUCAAAAAAUUAUGGAACAUAUAGUUACUGAGACCAAUCGCUAUGCCCGUCAGUCGAAAAUCCAACAAUGGCAAGACACAACAAUAGACGAAAUGUAUGUGUAUUUCGGGUUAAUUGUUAGUACUACAACAAUUGUUAACGACGUUAUUAAACAUUAUUGGGUUGAAAGUCUUGCAACCACAGGGUAUCUUUACUUAAUGCCUUAUCGACGUUUCAAAGAACUGACUUAUUGUAUACAUUUCACUGAUAACAACAUACUCAAUGAAAAAAUCAAUGAAAUCGAUAAUUCUCAGGCCAAAUUAUGCAAGCUGCAGCCUUUAAUAGAUCAUCUGAAUGAGAAAUUUUCUACCCUAUACAAUGUAGGACAAAAUGUUAUUUUGGAUGAAGGCUUGACUCAGUGGAAAGGUUGGAUUGUUAAUACCCGAAGAAUUUGUAUAGAACCGGACCCCGUUGAGGUCAAAAGUGUUGAGAUUUGUGAACCAAAUACAGGGUACUUGUGGCGUAUGCAGUUAGUUCCAGGUGAUAUAACUACUGGAAUGAUACCAGGCUUACUUACUGAACUCCUAAAGGGCUUGGAAGGUAAAGGGCAUACCAUUUGGAUGGAUAAGUUUUACAGCUCACCCAUUUUAGCUAGACAAUUGAAACAGCGCGGUUUCGACUGCGCUGGCUUAGUUCAAAAAUCCUACUUACCCACUGAAGUGUCGGAAAGAGUCAGAAAUAUAAUUGAUGAUGAGACUGAAAAGAACAGAAAUAUGUCCGAAAUACACGGCAGCACAUCUGGGGAUGUUGAUAUAUUUGCGUGGAUUACUAAAAAUAGAUGUGUGAAUUUUAUUACCACCUAUCAUGGAACUGAAACAGUGGUAACUAACAAUCUGAAGACACCUAAAAUAAUGUUAGAUUACAACCGACACACCCAAGGCGUUCACAGGAAAGACAAUUUGCUGUUUAAAUUCCCGAUGGAGAGGAAAAAUUUGCUGUUUAAAUUCCUAAUAAAUCGAAAAAAUGCGAAAGUUUGGUACAAAAUGUUUUUCCGAAAACUUUUGAACGUAAGCGUUUUGAAUGCACACAUUUUGUACAAUAAAAGGGAUAUGAAACAUUACGAUUUCCGCAAGAAACUAUGCAAGCAAAUUCUGUGCCGUCACAGGUAUAAAUCACCGUCUGCGGCUGACCCUCCCGCAGGAUUUCAUGUACCUGUAUCAUACAUAUUAAUGAAAAAACAAAAAAUGAAUGAAAAAAGAUGCGUUUCGUGUAAAAACAUUACAGAUUGUCAUUUGUGCCCUCUCUGCGGGAGUCCGUGCUCUAGCAAGUUCCAUGAUAGUGAUGAAGAUGAUAGUGAUGAAGAUGAUAGUGAUGACUUCUAAGGAAGAAUGUAUGAACCACUUUGAAAGCUGCUCCAAAAUAAUUGUGAUAAUUGUAGUUUUGUCGAAUAAAUCAUUGCAUUGUGCUCAUCAUUGUACCUGUGAUUAAUUAUAUCUGUGAUUA